AGCCACUCAAAAGACGUGUUUCACGAUGAUGAGCUUGGCGGUGGUAAUGGUGUAGCGAAUUCGGUCACGCUAGACCUAAACAGGCUUCAGCUGAACUUUUGGUGGCUUCGGUCUAGGUCCAUUAGUCGCAGUGCCUCUGACUUGGGCAUGUACAUGCUGGGGAAAACGAAGCGCCGCGAGUAUAUGUGGCACGCUCGUGCGCUCCUGAACGUGCACGUCGACUAAUCUUGUCAAGAUCUACUGCCUGUUGUCGAGCAGCUUGCUAACCUCGCCAUGAUGGACCAGAAGAAACCUGGUGUAGCUGUUGAGGGGGUCGUUGCAGACUCAAAAGCCUACACUGCGCGCUCACGAUCAGCUACGCGACACUCGCAAUGGCCUAUUCUGCUGGCGAUAUUCUGCGUUCUGGCUGCCUCCAUAGGUGCCGCGUUGGUGGUGUAUCUGUCCGAUGGAAAGCCCACAACCUCUUGGAAAACACGGCCGUCUGUUCUGUUGGCCAUCAUAGCGCCCAUCAUCACGCUCUCAUUUGCGUUCCUGUUAUCGACAGCGUUCUCGAUCUCCUGGUGGAGAGCAGCCGAGGCGGGCACCACUAUUGAACAUCUCAAUCGAAUCUGGGAUCGCGGUUUUUGGCUGCGAAGGAGUACCUGGAAGACAGCCGUGUUCAGCACAAACGGGUUCAAGAGACUGGCAGUCGUCUCUUUACUGGUACCGAUAGGCAACUUUCUAUACAACCCUUUGUUCCAAUUAUCGACGACCGCAUCUCAUACUGGUGCCGAGGCUGAAACCAUCUCUCUGACACUCGAUAUUCUUCCCGAGAUACCGAAUGGUCUUGCUUCGCUCUCAUACACCGGUUCAGGGGCUCGUAUGGACUUCACCGCUGCAGCUGUACAGUGGUACCGCAAUGACACCAUUCACACAAAGGACGAAGUUGGAUACAGAUGCGACGGCACUUGUCGAGGCACAGUCGUAGCCCCUGGUAUUGUGGCUACGUGCACGAGCGAGACCACCACGAUGGAUCUGACGCAAGCCUCCACUGAAGAACGCUGGUUCUUCCGGGUCAAUCAGACGUACGAGCGAACUGCGGAUAACUACAUGGUCCACGUCCUAAGAAGCACGUACACACCUGAAACAGCCCAGAACUGUACUUCAACUGUCAUCACGGAAACCUGCGUUAUCGAAAUAGGCCAAGUUGACUACGACAUUGAAAUCAGAGGCACACAGGUCUCGGUACUGCCCAAAACAUCCUCACAAUGGGUAUCGAACAAUAUCUCGCGGACCGCACCUCACGACGCCCCAACAUCCGAGCGACCAGGACCACUGUGGGCACUGGGAUACAUGGCGACCUACUUCGGUUCGUGGUCCGGAUGGGAGGCCAACGCAACGCAAAUGUCCACAUUCGGCAUCCUCUCCGAACAGUUGUACCUCUACACCAAGCAGGGCAACGACUCCCUCUGCAUCUCAGACUACCGCUGGUCAAACCCAACAGACUACGUCCUCAACGGCAUGGGCCAGACCCUCUUCCGCCUCGCCAUGAACGGCAACUCGGCCACCAACCUCACCGUCCUCAGCGCCCCGAACGGCAUCUUCCCCCAGCCACAAACCUUCUCCGCGUACCACACGCACGAAGUCAUCUUCUACAAGAGCGACUUCAAAUGGCUGGGAAUCGCGCUCGGCGCGGUGCUGCUGAGUCUGCUCGCCCUGUCGACGAUCUUGUUGGGCUCUCGUAAUAUCUCCCGCACUGUUACGCUGAGUCCCGUGGAGACGUUCCAGGUGUUUCCGAUCGAGGUGCAGAGGACGCUGCUCUCUCGGUCGAAUACGGGGCUUGCGCAUCGGACGGAGGAUAUUCUGAAACAUGUCGGGGACACGAGGGUGCAGUAUAAGCCGAGCUAUAGCCCUAUUGAGACUCGGGAACCGUAGGUGGGGGGGUUUAUCUGGAUAUAGUGUCGGAACGCGUAUCAACUAUUUUCAAA